ACCUGCCGUUUGAAGGGGCCGCGGGGAGGGGUCGCCGGGCUAACCGAAGAAAGAGCCAGCGUCUCCCGGCUUGCUCGUUCACCCCCUCCCCUUCCGGAGCGACAAUGGCCAAGGUGUCGGUGCUGAACGUGUCGGUGUUGCAGAAUCCGUGUUCCUUCCACAGCCCCUUCCAGUUCGAGAUCAGCUUCGAGUGCUGCGAGGCCUUGACCGACGACCUGGAAUGGAAGAUCAUUUAUGUUGGCUCCGCCGAGAGUGAGGAGUUUGACCAGGUCUUGGACUCGGUGCUGGUGGGGCCGGUCCCAGCAGGAAGGCACAUGUUUGUCUUUCAGGCGGAUGCCCCAAAUUCCCUCCUUAUCCCUGAGACGGAUGCGGUGGGUGUGACUGUGGUCCUCAUCACCUGCACCUACCACGGCCAGGAGUUCAUCCGCGUCGGCUACUAUGUCAACAACGAGUACACCGAUCCUGAGCUUCGGGAGAACCCACCCCUGAAACCUGACUUCUCCCAGCUCCAGCGCAACAUCUUGGCCUCCAAUCCCCGGGUGACCCGCUUCCACAUCAACUGGGACAGCACCGACAAAGUGGAGAACAUUGAGAAUCAGGACCCUGCCUUAAGCAGUGGGCUUUCCCUGAGCAGCACACAGACCAAGGGGCUGGGCCUUGCUGGCUCUGCCCUCAGCCUGCUUCCUGAGAACUCCAUGGACUGUAUCUAACAAGAGGAAUGGAACGAGGACAGAGGGGGCAGGCUUAAGCUUCUGGGUAUGCACAGUUGUUAUGCAGACUAGAGAGCUUGCUCUGUGGCUCCAGGCUAUUCUUGGGCCAGUUCAACUGGUCCUUAAGGGAUGGCAAGGCCUCAUGUCCAUCAGGAGGCUGAGGGAGGGGGGCCAGGGUCUAGCUUCUAUUCAGGCAGGUUCUCGAAAAUGUUCCAAUUCUUAUCUCUUCAUUCCUCACCGCUUCCACCCCUUCCCUGCCCCCAGUCCUGCAGAUACCCUAGGGGUGAGGUGCUGUUUGAGAGAAGACUAGCACCAUUGAUCUGCUAAGCUCUUACAUGCUAGGCUUUUUUCCCCCUUUCUCUCUCUCUCUCUCUCUCUCUCUCUCUCUCUCUCUCUCUCUCUCUCUCUCUCUCUCUCUCUCCCCCUCCCUCCCCUUCUCUUUUUUUUUUUCUUUUACCCUCUCCCUCCUGCCCCACCCCACCAAGACUGGUUGGAGGCUUCCUUGACUAGCCGGAACAUUCUCCCCCCCCUGGCUUCUGCCACAUUCUCCUCACAUUCCUUUCUUUUCCCAACCAUUCUCUAGCAGUGACCAACCAGGUUAGGUACGGAAGCCCUGGUGAGAAGACAACGGGCCUGACUCGUCUGUGUGGGUGGGUGAAGAGACGAACGUCUCCCGACGCACCGGCCUCGAUCCACCAGCAACUGGCAAAGCCCCAUCCCUUCUUGGAGCGCAAGAUCAGCAGCCUAAAGCUUUCAGGUUAGGCUCAUCGAAGAGCUAAGUGAAGACAGGCCAGGUGGAAAUCUUCCUCCUGGCGCCAACCCUAUUCUGUUCAGUCUUUCGGCUCCUGCCGACCCAGUCGGUCGCUCUUGGGUGGCAAGAGUUGGAGGGUGAAGCCCCUUGCCGAAAAUCUCAUCCGUGCCAAUUUUAACGCAUCCCUUUAGGCUCCACUUCUGCCGAAGCUAUCAACUCAGGAGUGAAUUUUUAAGAAUGGUGGUGGAGGUUGUUGGCCUAAGCACACCUCCUAAGCCAGUCUCUUCCCUUCCUCUGCAACACUCUUUGGAGCCCCCCCCUCCCCCCCACCUCUUUUGUAUUAAACAUGUAUAUUAAAGAUGCUGUGGUUAAUGGAGAAAUAAAAGCACUUAGGCCAGA